AUUGACCUCCAAGCCGAAAGAUACAUGCCAUUUAUGAUUCGAGUUCCCUUUUACCAAACACCCUUCUCGGUUUCCUCUCUCUCUAUCUCUCUCUCUCUGCGGCUGUUCUUGUUCUCGUGGUGGGGCGUGACUCCUUUUGGUCGAGCAAUGCUUGUCACCUACUCAUUUUUAGCUCCCACUUCCCGUCCUUCCUUCUCUUACUUGUUAAGAAGAAUGAUCGAGUGAGUGCGCAAGAAAACCUUUGCCGUUUAGUAGUUGAUUCGAUGGACAGGCACACCUGCAAUCUCUGCUUCCGCCGCUUCUCCAACGGCCGCGCUCUCGGGGGGCACAUGCGCUCGCACUUCAUCGCCGCCGCCCCUCUGGCUAGGCCGCGCUCACACGGCUACUCUUCGGACUCCACCUCCUCCGCCCAACGUGCGGCGGAGCGUGCAGUUGAGGAGGAGGAGGUGGUGGUGGUGGAGAUGGAGAAGGAGGUGGGACUCUGUUACGGCCUCCGCAUGAAUCCCCGGAAGAGCUUCCGGCUCGUGGAUCCCGAGUUCUCCUCUUCCACCUUCGCGGCUGUGGAGGCAGCCGGCUCCUGCGACGUCGUGCAGGACGGGGAGAGCGAGACCGAGUCCCCCCGCGGCCAGCGCCUCCCGACGAAGCGCCCCUGCAGGGCCACCGCCCCUCCGCUGGAUCAGCCGGAGGGGGAGCCGAUGAGCUCCGUCUCGGACGCGACCCCUGAGGAGGACAUCGCCCUCUGCCUCAUGAUGCUCUCCCGCGACUCCUGGGCCGCUACGGUGGAGGAUCGCCCGUUGGACGGCUCCGAUGACGAGGACACCCGCCGGCCCGCCGCCCGACCGCGGCCCCCGCCAAGGAAGGGGCGAAGUCGAUACCAGUGCAGCGCGUGUAAGAAGGUGUUCCGGUCGUACCAAGCUCUCGGCGGCCACCGAGCAAGCCACAAGAGGACCAACGGCUGCCGCCCGGUCACCGAGCCCCGGAUCAACAGCGAAGCCGACUCCGUCGACGCCAAUGCCGAUGCCAAGGUCCACGAGUGCCCCUUGUGCUUCAGGGUCUUCAGCUCCGGCCAAGCUCUUGGCAGCCACAAGCGGUCGCACUUGACGUCCUCCGCCACGACCGUCGCCGGCAACUCGCGGUUGGCAGCCCCUCCGCCGCCAUGCUCUCCGCCGAGCACGUCCCCUGUCCCCGCUGCCACCAAGCACGGAGGCAACUUCGGUCUUAUCGAUCUCAACUUGCCAGCGCCAGAGGAAGACGACGCCGAGCUGUCGGCCGUCGAAAGCACGCAAUCUGUACCCACACAGCCGGCACGUCGAAAGCAUGCAAUCUGAGCAGGCCUUCUAACACCGGAGCAUGCGAUACCCAAGUCCAAACUCCAAAGCAGAGGUAAGACUCUCAGAGACAAAGAAGCACAAAAAAGGUAGCCCCUUUGAAGUAAAUUAUGCAGCAUCAAAUCCUUUUCCUUCCGCACUGAUAUCGGAUAAAGCUGGUGUCUUGAUGAUUUUGUUUGUAUGAUUCUGCUCCUCUUUGCUUCUGCUGACAUAAGUUCACAGGUUUCUUGUGGUGUUCAAGUUGCAGCUGUUGCUUACUGUAACAGCUGAUGAACAGUAGGUGACAUCAAUGGCUUUCAGCAACUGCUUCAAUAAAAUUAGAAUCAAUUCUUCUUCUUCUUCUCAUCUUCUAUACAAAGUGAAUUAAAUUAGCCAGUGAGAGAAGAGCAGAGCAGCUGGCAGCUGCUAUCGUUCUUCUUCAUCCGAUCUGUUCCCUCUGAUACUUGGUCUUUUCUUCAACCUUUGCUUCGCUUCUUCACUGAUACUCCUCUGGUACACGGCGCCUCAGCAUUUCCACGUUCACCUUCUCCAUCCGCCCUCGCUGUUACUGUUGGAUUGGUCCAACCGAGGCCGUGCUGUUGGUGAACCGGGAUUGCGUACGCUUGCGGUGGUGGGCGAGUAUUAAUUGGCCUCGCAUUGGAGUCAUCUAUCCUCCUCCGGCUAAUUACUCUUCCACAACGAAACCGCGGCGUCGGAGCGCACGGUCAAGAUGCGGAACGGUGGGCCAAAGCGUGGUCUUCACGGAGGCACGUCCGAUGCACGUUGGACGGCUGUGAUGGACGGUUCUGCGGGUCUCUCGUUCUGUGCUUGGCUCGGAGCGAGUCGCGUGUAGAACAUGCGACACCUGUGGAGAGAGACCCUCGCUGUUUCAGUUACGAAGCACCUCCACAUCGCGCCCGGUCCGAUUUGGUCUACUUAUUUUCCAGCCGGUUCAGAAGUAAUCUGGAACGGUUCUCGAA